AUGGCUGCGUUGAUGAUGGUUAGAGAUAUAAAACCACGUAACGACGGGAACGAAGAACAUGAACAACAGAGCCCAACGGGCUCAGAGCCACAUAGUGGCGAGGAUACUGGUCGGGUUAUUCAAGACAUUAAAAACGUGUAUCCUGAAGUUAUUGAUUUAUUUAGAGGAGUUAAUGAUUCAAUUUCAAAACAUUCUAUAACCCUCGAUGAAGAGAAUAAAUUAACAGAUUAUAUAUUCGUCAUUAUUGCAGAAUUAAUGAAGAGAAUAAAUGAAAAAGGAAUUGGUGAUAUCAUUAAUGUCAGCGAUGUAAUGAUGAAAAGAAAUUUUGACUCAUUAUUUACAAAACCGAAAACAGAAUAUAGUCUUUAUGACGUAAUUACCGAAUUAAUGAAAAAGAUUAAUGAUAAUAAGAGUUCUGGCGGAAGAGUUGAAUUAGAAGUGAAUGAUGUUAAUGAGAAAUUAGCCGAAAAAGCAGAUAAAAACCAUGUUCAUUAUAUAAGUUCUGAUGAACAGAUUAUAACGGACUAUCAUGGAUAUUUAACACAGGGUGAAAAAGUGAAUACGAAAAAUGUUAAUGAAAGAAGAUAUAAAUUCAUUCGUGCUAAAGGUUAUGACAUACACUGUACUGUACAGUAUGACACAGGUAUAGCACCACAAUCAUUUGGUUAUAACGCUGAAAUUUAUGCUUCAUACUUCUUUGUUAACGGUGUAUUAGUUGAACCAAGAUUUACUUUGAGAGUUAAGUCAAAAAUAACUUUUGAAGAUGCUAUUAAAAGUAAAGCUAACAAAACAGAACUUGACGCAACGAACAAAGUUUUGAAAUCUCAUAAACACAAUAUCUCCGAUAUAAAUGAACUUCAAACUUCUUUAGACAGUAAAGCCGACAAAAAUCAUACACAUAAAUCCUUCACUACUGUUAGAGCAGACGACAUAAUAUUGAACUAUACUUUAGGUUCAAGUGCACCUUUAGAGAAUCCAAGUACAAGCGUAAAAGAUACACUAAACUCCUUAAAUAGUAAAUGUAUGAACAUUGAAGGUCAUGCCAGAAACUUUGAAGCAUAUGAACUACCAGCAAUGUUAGAUAAGAAAGCUGACAAAACAGAGCUUCAAACAUUAAAGACAGAAAUACUUCAAACAUUAUAUCCUAUAGGUUCUAUUUAUAC